CUCGUCAACCUGGCUGAACCUCAGGAAACUGUACCAGAUGAACCUACCUUGACUCAGCAGGGUACAGUGGGACACCCAUCUGCCUUGUCACGGUGGCCUGGGCUAAGCGGGCCAGUCGCGAGGAGUCGGUUGAAGGAGGAGGCUGUCCUGGUGGACGUCCGGGUGUCCGCGCCUCUGCAGGACGUCGCGCUCGGGGACUCUUCUGACCCCGUGGUGAUGACGGCUAGGGUGACCAAGGACGGGAAGGCAGUCCUCGGCGGCGUCGUGGUCGCAACGGUGACGGAGUGCAGCGGCGACGGCGACUGCGAGACCAGGAUCCCUCUGUUUGACAACGGCAGCGGAGCCCCCGACGCCACGGGAGGCGACGGCGUGUAUUCGGCGUACUGGCACUCCGCCAAUAGCAGCGCCGCCGUCCCCCUCGCCGCCGCCGCCCUCGUCAGAGCAGCGGCGGGAGAGAACGCCGCUGUGCUCGAGGUUCCGGUCGCCGAAUGCUGUCCUUCGACGCUGCUGCAGAGGAACGUGACGUCACUGGGGAGCUUCGAGGCGAGCGGCGUCCUGAGGGCUCGGGUGACGCGCGCUGGGACGCUGCCCCCCGCGAGAGUGUCGGAUCUGACGGUGACGUGCUCUGCCUUCAACUCCACGAGCGGCAGAGCCACCGUCAGGUUCAUGUCACCCUUCAUGAUUAAGGCAACAGGACAGAGCUACGGCAUCUGGUAUUCCACCAGCGCUGGCGUCAACACGGCCGACCAUCCUAAUGUCCAGGAAUUUUGGACUGGCUCACCCGGCGAUCCCGUCGAGCAAGACAUCUCGGUGCAGUGUGGCUCCAUGCUUUUCUUCCUCGUGGUGGGCACGUCGGGCAGACUCCAAGGGAAGGACUCCAACCUGGCGCGGGCCUUCUGUCCCUGCGCGCCGGCCAGCGGCUCGCCAGUCGUGGCCAUCGUCCUGGGCGUCGUCGGGGGCAUCGCGCUAGUGGCGGUGAUUGCGCUCUCAGUCUUCUACCGCGACAAGAUUUCGCACCUUUGGCACACACAUUGCAAAAAGAAGCCAAAUCGUGCUGAGCCAAAUCGCGUCGAGCCAAGUAGCGCGGAGCUGAAUCGCAUUGAGCCAAAUUGCGCUGACGAGGCAAAUCAGGAGCCCAUUUACGCUGAGAUCCCCUCGAGCAACCGGCCUCUGCCAGACAUUCCGCCCACCUCGCCUCCGAUUUUCGAGGAAGUGACCUGCGCCAAUGCGUAGUUUUUUUUAGGACAAAGGGGAAUAGAGUGAACAUAAAGGGUGACGAUUGCACUAUAGUGUAUGCGUGCGUGUGUGUAUAUGCAGGCCAUUGGAAGCCACGCCAGGCCCCGUGGUAACACAGCGUUGACGCUGAAGUUCAAUCAAAAGGUCAUAAAUUUUAACAUGAUGAAACUGCGGUUUGCUUCAUGGUGAAAAAUACUCGUUACGAAGUUUUUGUAAAGAUUGUGGCGUUUCUUUCUACGCCAAAGCUCCGGGCCCACUCCCUUCUCGGACGUCCUGAGUAUGUAUAUGUUGUAGGAAUGUAUUUGCGUAUUUGUACGUGUAUUUGUAUUCCCUGUGUUUGCGUGGAUUUGUAUCCGUCCACGAGCGUGUGAGCAUUUCAACUGCUUCACGUCCAUCUCCCUCUCGACCUCCUUCCAUCCACGCGUCUGUUCAAUGUACCUUCACCGUCCAACCAUGUGGCUAUACCUUAACUGAGCCACUCUCGCCUUUUUCCAAGGUUGACGCUGUCCCAGCCUGUGCUCCCGUGUCCUAGGUCUAUAUCAGUACACAGUCUACGUGUCGAGACCCUGCGCUCGUCUACGCUCCUCUUUCGUGGGCACUUCCGUCAGCCGAGGUAGCACUCAUCCCCGCGCUCUCCGGCUGCUUCCCACCUCGCUACCAUUUUGUAUGA